UGUUGUUAAAGUCCAAGGACGCUAAAACAGCUGAUAGGUACAUUAUGAUUAAAUUUCAAAAAUAGGUCGAGAUCGAGAAGUAAUGUUUAAUAUUAUCCUUAUUUAUAAAUAAACAUUUAAUAAAUUUUCAAAAAUAAGAUAAUAUGAAAACAGAACAAUUAAGUGGAAGUAAUGGCGAUCCUAUAUGGGCUGGCAAUGCUGAAUUGUUACCACCGGAAGAAUGCUUACCUGUUAUAGGUAGUUGUCAAGUAACUUCGAUUUUACAAAAUUUAGAUAAUGCAAAUAAUGAUCAUAAUUUACAAAACAUGGAUCUUAUUAUUUUACAAGGAAAUGAUUAUAAAAUGCCUCUAGAUGUGCCUCUGAAUCUACAUAGUAAUAAUUAUAUUGUUGUAAAAGAUCCUGUACAUAACAAUGAAAAUUCAAAUGCUAAUAAUAAAAUUAUUAGCUUUGAUGGAAGUAAUAUUUUAAAGGGAUCUAAUGAGAAAAAGCAAUUAAAACCAACUGAUUUAACAUUAAACAUUAUAGAAACAAGUAAUUCUAGUAACAAUUCCAGCAUUUCACCAAAACAUUAUGAUAAAGAAUCUUUCGAAGAUAUGUUGUACUUUGUUUGUAAUUUAUGUCCAUUUUUGUGUACAAAAGAAACGAAAAUCACUCAACAUUUAGAAAGUGUACAUAAAAAUAAACUCUCCAGUCAAUUAGUUCAGUUGAAAUGCCCUGCAUGCAUUAAUAUUUUUUACCAUAGAGCAUCACUAAAAAGUCACCUUCUACAUGAUCACUGUGUGGAAACUAGUGAUAUAAACCUUAUAGUACAAGCAGUGGUUUUCUACUCCAACAAAGAAAACAAAAUGAAAGAAAUAAAAAUUAAUGAAGAAAUUGAGAAAAUAGACCUAAAAACUCAUGUUGAUAUAAAAAAAAUUGAUUUUGAAUCUAAACCAAAACUAAAUGAAAAGAAAAUCAUGGAUAUGGAUUCAAGUUCGGAGAGUUCAGGUCACUUUGAAGUACCCAACGUCAAUAUUAAGCCUGUACAGGUACCUCAAAAGAUACCUCUGCCUCAAGUUGAUAUCACUCCUAACAACAGUGAAAAAUUAAUAACAAAUUUAAUGAAAAAAGAUCCAGUAAUAAAUUAUAUAAAUUCCCAAAAAUGUGCCUACGUUCCUUGUAAAGUUGUUUUGUCAGAUCCAAAGAAAAUGAAUUAUCAUAUGGAGUCACAUUUUAAUGAUGGGUUUAAAUGUUUAGAGUGUCAGGAAAAAUUUUUGCUAUGGAAACCUCUUACUUCACAUUUAUGGAGAACACAUAAAGUGGAUUUGGACUUGUAUUCUUGUGACAAGUGUGAUUACAAAACAAACAGUCUCUCUAAACUAAACACUAUUCACAAACUGACACAUUCUAACGUCAAAGCAUUUCGAUGUGAGAUUUGUGCGAAACCUUUCAAAAAUCAAAAACAAGUGAGAAAUCACAAAAGAAUACACAGAGAUGUGUCAGAUAAGAAGCAUUUAAUUUGUGAGUUAUGCUCGAAAAAUUUUCCAGAUAAAAGAAGGCUCAGAAGCCAUAUGGAUUCAGUUCAUAAGAAAAUUAAGCCUUUUCUAUGUAACUAUUGUGGAUAUAAAGGAUCUAGCAGGGCUUCUCUGAAAAUGCACAUUCGAAGUCAUACAGGUGAAAAACCAUUUUCUUGUGAUCAGUGUUCAUACUCUACAUCAGAUCACAAUUCUCUCAGAAGACACAAACUUCGACAUACAGGUCAUAAACCAUAUAAAUGUUCAUAUUGUUCAUAUGCCUGUAUACAAAGUAGUACAUAUAAGGUUCAUUUAAAAACCAAACAUCCAGGCAUGGAGAAAGACCUAAUGUUUACAUGUUUUUUGUGCCAAUACAGAACUGUAAAUAAAGGAAUGUACUCGACGCAUAUGAUCACAAUUCACAAGCAAAAUAUGCCGUGUAGUUAACACAAAGUUAUAAUUAAAAUAGAAGACGUUUGGAACAGUUCAGUGAGGUCA